AUGACCCAGCCUCCUGUCAGUGUAAGGCUAACACUUCCGGCAAAGCAGAAUUUUAUUGGUGGAUCAGGACUUGUGCAAGUGCUACAGGCUCAGCCAUGUUCAGACGCUCAAGCGGUCAUUCAACAAAGGUCGCAAAACCUGAAACCCUUGACCACCAUUCGCCCGUUUGUCCCAACAGUUCCUGGCAUGGCAAUCAAUACUAACACGGCCGUGCAAUAUGUAAGAAAGCCUGCAGAAAUAUCUGUUCUGGGUGCAACAGGUACAUUUGUCGCUACGCCAAUGAACCAAACGUUUACUCCAUUUGUAAACCCGAUUAUGAAUUUGAACCCUAGCUUAAUUUCUUCCAUUCCGGGUGGUCCCACAGGGGGUCCUGGACAAGUGAGUGGCCUAAGCGCCACAGGUGGAGUUCUCUCAAGCUUAGCAAAUUCACGCAAACCUUGUAAUUGCACAAAGUCACAUUGUCUAAAACUCUAUUGCGAAUGCUUUGCACAGGGACAGCUUUGUCAAAAUUGUAACUGCAAUAAUUGUAUGAAUAAUCUAGCCUAUGAAGAGGAGCGCGGGAGGGCUAUUAAGAUGACUUUAGAACGUAAUCCCACAGCAUUUCAUCCAAAAAUUGGUCGUGGAGAAGGUGAAAGGAAGCACACUAAAGGUUGUAAUUGCAAGCGUUCAGGAUGUUUGAAAAACUAUUGUGAGUGUUAUGAAGCGAAGAUAAGCUGCUCUGAUCUAUGUCGUUGUCAAGGCUGCCGCAAUACAGAGGAUAGCGUAGAAAGGCGCUCACUCAUGCGCUUGGCUGCAAUGGGAGCUUUAAGAUCAAGGCAACCAUCUUCUUUCAAAAAACAUUUGGUGAAACCCCCUUCCGAAACCCUACCGCAUGUGUUCUUCACCUGGGAAGUAAUCGAGGCAACUGCUAGUUGUUUAUUGGCGCAAGCUGAUGAAGCAGAACGUCGUGACUUACCUCCAGCAGCACAAGAACGAAUACUUCUGGAAGAAUUUGGACGCACUCUGGAACGCGUAAUUGAGGCAGCUAGUAAGGCGCAAAUACGAUCGUCCAGUGCCAUCCAUACGUCUGCUUCAAUUGAUGAUAAUGAUCAAGGGCUAAUACAUAGUGGUGGAUCAACUGGUCCAGGUAGUCUAGGUGGGAAAGGCAGUGGAGCGGUUGGAGUGGCAGCAGCAGCUGCGGCGGCCGCAGAUGUCCUACGGGACGAUGAGGAUGAAGAGGAUGAGAUGAUGCAUGAUAUUGAUGUAGAAGAGGAAGAUGAUCCUGACGAAAUGGAUGAUGAAAUGUAUGGUAUUGUUGGUGGGUCGACGAUCUCACGUCAUGGACACUCUCGCUCUCAUCUAGGGCGCCGCCAUAUGCCAAGCAGUCACCGGUCUACACAUCUGGUUCCUGAGCUAGAUGAUGAAAUAAUGAGCGAUGAAGAUCCUGUCGAAAGAGCCCAUGCUGUAUCAUCUAGUAAUAGACAAGGAAUAAUGCCGCAUAGGUAUCAGGAAAUGCAUUCGCGUCGAACAUCGCAAACUGUUGAAGACCGAUAUAUUCAUUCACGUCGAAAUAUGAGCAGUCGCAGUUAUCGUCAUCAUGACCCGGACUCGAUGGUAUAA